UCCACCCUGCUCAUCAUGGCGGAUGACGCUUACGCCACACUCCUCACGGCGGCGUCUCAUUCCCGGCAGCGUGGGCUGAGGCCACUCUUGUUAUGGCGGAGGCCUCCUGCACGUCACUUCCGCCUGAGACCGGAAGUCUGGGCCGCAAAGAUGGCGGCGUCAAAGGUGAAGCAGGACAUGCCUCCGCCGGGCGGCUACGGCCCCAUCGAUUACAAGCGGAACCUCCCGAAGCGGGGCUUGUCGGGUUACAGCAUGUUCGCCGUGGGCAUCGGGACCCUGCUCUUCGGCUACUGGAGCAUGAUGCGCUGGAACCGCGAGCGCAGGCGGCUGCAGAUCGAGGACUUUGAGGCCCGAAUCGCCCUGAUGCCUCUGCUGCAGGCGGAGAAGGACCGCAGAAUCCUGCAGAUGCUCCGGGAGAACCUGGAAGAGGAGGCCAUCAUCAUGAAGGACGUGCCCGACUGGAAGGUGGGCGAGUCCGUGUUCCACACCACGCGCUGGGUGACCCCCGUCUUGGGCGAGCUGUACUGGAACCGGCCAAGGGACGAGGCUGCGCACGCGCACUACGGCUUCAUCUGGUACACCUAGCCGCCUGGCCGCAAUAAAGCCCGAGCCCGAGCCCGAGCCCGCGUGCCGGCUGAGUUUCUGGGGGCUUGGCCAAUG